AUGACUUCGUCGCCGUCUCCAAAGGACGAGCGACACUGCAUAGACCCUGCCGAGCCCUUCAAGGGCAUCGUCGUCUGCUGCACGAGCAUCCCGCCAGAGCAACGGACCGAUAUUGCGAACAGGGUCCAAGAGCUCGGAGGCAUACACAAGUACGACCUCACCCCGGACGCUACCCACCUCGUCGUUGGCGACUAUGACACCCCAAAGUACCGCCAUGUCGCCCGCGAGCGCCAAGACGUCAAGGCCAUGGACGCGGCCUGGAUCGAGGCUGUGUCGCACCUGUGGAAGCUCGACGACGAAAUCGACUUUCCUGCUGCGCGACAGUCGUUGCUGGUAUGUCAGACGGGAUUCGGCGACCAGCGAGACGAGAUUGCCGACAAGAUCACAUCGAAUGGCGGACGAUAUACAGGCGACCUGACACGCAAGUGCACCCAUCUCAUCGUCAGUAAGCCCGAGGGCAAAAAGUUUACGGCCGCCAAGUCUUGGAACAUAUACACGGUCACGCUGGACUGGCUCUACCAGAGCGUGGAACGCGGCAUGAUCUUGGAGGAGGCCAAGUUCGACCCCCUACUGCCGCUUGAGCAGCAAGGAGCUGGCGCGUGGGUCAGGAAAGAUCCAAGGCGAACCUCCCUCGGCAAGAGAUCGCGUUCGGCCGUGGCCAACAGGCCGGAAGAAGGUGUCAGGAAGCUGCGAAAGACGGCGAGCAUGAAGCUGAACUCGCAAAGGAACAAUCUCUGGGGCGACAUACUAGGGAGAUCAACUUCACGGGACUAUUCCUUCAACGAGUCGCGGCGGGCAGAGGCACCAGCGCAAGAUGCCCUACCUCCGGAGCCCCUCCCACCGCAAGAUGAGGACGGUGUCUACUCCAAUUGCGUCUUUGCCAUCCAUGGUUUUGAUCAACAGCGUCAAAAGGUCCUCGAGGAGACUGUUGCUACUCUGAGUGGUAUUGUGUCUCCGACCCUGGAAGCAGUCGCCUCCGGCUCGAUGCGGGGAGAAGCACUGCGCCGGUUCCUUAUAGUUCCCCAAACCUCUCAGCCCGAUACACACCCACGCAUAUUGAACGACGACGUCCACAUCGUCACCGAGUUUUACAUUGAGCGAUGCAUGCACAACAAGCGCUUCUUUCCCCCCAGCGAGCACGUCCUCGGCCGGCCCUUCCCGAUGUUCCCAAUACGUGGGUUCUCGGACCUGACAGUGUGCAGUGCAGCGUUUACCGGACUUGAAUUGAGCCAGAUGGCGCGGAGUGUGGCCCAGCUCGGAGCCAAGUUUGAGGAGGGGUUCAGACGCUCGACAAGUUUGGUCGUCUGCAAGUCGCUCCAGGCGAUGCGCAAGGAGAAGCUGCGGUAUGCCCUGGAGUGGGAAGUACCAGUUGUUUCAGCGGACUGGCUUUGGGAAUGCAUCUCUACAGGCUUCAACGUUCCCUUUGAAGGCUAUAUUUUCCCAGAGAUCCGGAAGCAAUACAUCUCCCCGAAGCGGCCUGAGGUGGGGGAGGAGCGAGGGUCGAGCAGACCACAGCAACAGAGGCCGUUGGAGCCGACACUGGCGAUCCCUCGGCCAAGCAAGGCGCGGCUACCGGCUGAAGUGGGCCUGGAUGCCACUGCCUUUGACCGCGACUCACCAGACAAGGGCGGCCGCAGGAAGGCUCCUCGGGCAGUCCCGCAAGAGGACUCUACCACCUCAGCGGACUUUAUGACCGCCAGGACUCAUCCCGCAAACACGUCGCCCUCGCCCCCUAAACACGUCACGGGGCCUACACGAACUAGAUCCGAGCCCUGGCCCCGAUCCCUCGUCGAGAAAACCACCGGCUUGGUCCGGGGUCCCUCGGCGCCUCCCGCGGACCCUUCCAGGGGAGCGGAGUCGGAUGCGGAGGAAGCCAAGCGCAAGGCCGAGGAGAAGGCGCGGAAACAAGCCAGGGAGGCAGAGCGCCAGGUGCUCUCGUCCAAGCUCAGCAGCCUGAUCCACUCGACGACGACGGACGCCGACGGCCGCGAGCCGCGUUCGCAGACGGCGGUGGCGCGUCCCCGGCGGCGGCAGGUCUUUGGGCGCGCCAUCAGCAACGCAUCCAACGCCAGCAGCGCGGCCAGCGCCGAUGGUGGCAGGCCCGCGCCCGAGAGCCUUCGCUCGGUGGCAGCGGGCGGGGCCGACAACGACGUCGCCGCUGCAGAGAGUAGGCAGUCGGCGUCGAGGACCCCGCCCCCGCCACCAGCGACGCAGCUCGAGUAUCGCGACCCGCAGGUGCUCGAGAGCAAGGCGGCGCUCGUGAGCAAGAUGAUGAUGGUGGCGAGCGGGGACGCAGACGGGGCCGGUAUGGCCGCACGUCCUGCUGCUGCUGCUUCGUCCGAGGCCUCCGGCGCUGGCGUUGGGGUUUAUUCCGGCAGGGCACUUCGGAAACGAUGA